UUUCGGCGAGGCACAGGUCUUCUCCCACACUGCCAACUGUUGCACGACUACGUUCUACUAACAUCUACUAACAUGAAUGUUGUUCUCGCACUCACCCUCGUCGCCGUCCUCGGAGUGGUCAGCGGCACCCAGUUCACCCUUUGCCAGGCGCCAGCCGAGCGAAGGCAUGAACUGGUAAACUGCGUGAAAAGUCAUGUCAACGACCAGACUUCGCAGAAGCUGACCGAGGUGAAGCAGCGCCUUAACUGCGAAGACCUGGAUUGCGUGUUCACGAAGAUUUGCGAACUGAACCCUGACGCUCACCAACAACACUCGAACGCAUUUCUUCCGGAUGACGUGAAGGCGGACGUUCGUGCAGCUCUUGUGCAAUGCCGGCCAAGCGACUAAAGAACAGGUUUUUAGCAUCUCGCUUGCACGUCAUUGAAGCGGAUGGAACCAUCUACUCGUAGUAAACAUUAAAUAAAUAUUUCAAAUGUACAUGAAAAAA